UAGACCGGAAAAUAACAAAUAUAUGUUCAUUUAUUUAUUUUUCCUUCACGCGUAUAAAACGCAGAGUGCAACCCAAAACCUACUGAUAGGAGACAAUGGCCGAGUCCACUCAGAAAACUGAACCACCCGAGUCAAGCCGAGUUUCUGAUUCACCGAGAGAGAUGGAAGGAGAAGAGCACUUGAAGUCCCCAACUGAUUCACAGAAAACAAUCUCUGAUGACGAUGAAAUAGACUACUCCAUCAAACCAGAAUUUUAUGACUCAGAUCUUGAUGAGAAAGAUGAAUUAUGGGUUCAGAAGAAAAGAAAAGGGCGUACUACUUCUGAUGCUGUGCUUAGCUGCCCAGGUUGUUUUACCACCCUCUGCCUAGAAUGCCAAAGGCACGAGAAAUAUGUGACCCAGUACAGGGCCAUUUUUGUUGUUAACUGCAAUAUCAAGAGUGAACAAGUGUUGCCGCAAAGAAGCAUAAAACCAAAAAGGGGCAAAAGAGGAAGGGAGUCUGAUAAGAGUGAACCUGUUUCUGUUGAUGGCGAAACAUUCAAGCCAGUACACUGUGGAGUUUGCUCAACGGAAGUUGGAGCAAUUGACGAAGAUGAGGUUUAUCAUUUCUUCAAUAUUCUUCCAAGCAUGUGGGGCCUCUUUUGGAAAGAGAAAAAAAAUUUCAGAACUCUGAAAAUUAUAAAAUAAAUCUGGUUUUUAAGUUUUCAGACUAUCUAAACAAUACUAAUAUAUUAAGCAUAGUUUUAACAGGCUUUUGCCUUAGGGCUCACCUCAUGGGAAGGCUCAAACUUGUGGCUUAAGUUACUUAAUGUUCACCUCCAGGGUUCGAGUUUAUCAUUAGAUUAUUUUCUUAUAAAUGUUCAUCUUCCAACAUAAAUGAAUCAGUUGUUGAAUAUGAGUCCUUUUGUACUUUAAGAUUUGGAAUUCUCAAGAACUUCAUAGUAGUAUCAUAUUUGUUAAGCUUAUAUAGGUUUGAUGUUGAAGAAACACUGUUACCAAAUGUAAGUUCGAUGCUGAAAUUGGUGCGGAAUUGAAGGACAUUUAUGUUUUUAAA